GUGGAGUUUAUGAAUGGGACGCGCGGGGCGGCGUGGGAACGGGCCCGGCUGCGGCCCCGCGGUGCUGAGCGGCGGCAGGGACGGAGGGAGCGGGAGAGCGACGCAGAGCGGGGACGGGGCCGUCCCCACCUCCCCCCCGUGAUGUCACGGCUGUUUCUAUAGAAAUUCAGUGACAUCACGGCCUGGGGGGCCGCGACCCGCUGCGGGUCCCCCACCGGCACCCAGCCAGCCCUGAAGUGGCCCGAUCCCGAUUCUGAUCCUGUCUCUGCCGCUCCCCUCGCAGCCUCGCGCCUGCCGGAGCUCAGGCGGGAGCCCCCUUCCCGGGCCGCCGUCGAUGCUGAGCGUGCCGGGGGCACUGUCCGCUUCCCCGCACCAUGGACGGCUUCUACGACCAGCAGGUCCCCUUCAUGGGCCCCGGGAAAUCCUGCGCCGAGGAGGGCCGAGGCCGGCUGGGCUCCGAGAGGAAAAGGAAGUUUUUGGAGACCGACCUGGCCCACGACUCGGAAGAGCUCUUCCAGGAUCUCAGCCAGCUGCAGGAGGCCUGGCUAGCUGAAGCUCAGGUCCCCGACGAUGAACAAUUUGUCCCAGAUUUCCAGUCUGACAACCUGGUCCUGCACGCCCCACCUCCGGCCAAGAUCAAGCGGGAGCUACACAGCCCUUCCUCAGAGCUGUCGGCCUGCAGCCACGAGCAGGCUCUCUGUGCCAGCUACGGAGACAAGUGCCUCUACAACUGCUGUGCCUACGACAGGAAGCCCCCUGCCGGGUUCAAGCCAUUAACACCACCUGCCACGCCAGUGUCCCCCGCGCAGCCGGGCUCGUCCCUGCCACCGCCGCCGGCCACAGGAGUGCAGGCAGCUGCCCAUGGCGGCCCGGCUGCCCCGCUGCGCAGCACUGCGCCAGCACCACACCUGCUGCAGGAGCAGAGGCAGCAAACCUUCGCCGUGCCGCGGCCGCCCCACCCGCCUGUGCACAUGCCAAAGAUGAUGUCUGAAAACCAAUACCCCACAGAGCACAGGUUCCAGAGGCAGAUGUCUGAGCCCUGCCACCCCUUCCCGCCGCAGCCCGGCAUUCCAGGGGACAGCCGCCCUGUCUACCACCGGCAGCUGUCGGAACCUGUUGGCCCUGCCACCCCCCACCCCGCUCAGGGAUUCAAACAGGAGUACCAUGACCCGCUCUAUGAGCAUGCCGGCCCCAGCCUGCCUGGCCCCCCCGGGCAUGGCUUCCAGUCCCCCAUGGGUAUCAAGCAGGAGCCCCGGGACUACUGCAUCGACUCAGAAGUGCCUAACUGCCAGUCCUCGUACGUGAGAGGGGGCCUCUUCGCUGGCAGCCAUGAUGGAUUUACGUAUGAAAAAGACACACGAUUGUAUUUUGAUGACACGUGCGUGGUACCAGAGAGACUGGAGGGUAAGGUGAAGCAGGAGCCCACCCUGUACCGCGAGGGCCCUCCCUACCAGCGGCGCGGGUCGCUGCAGCUCUGGCAGUUCCUCGUCACACUCCUGGACGACCCUGCCAACGCGCACUUCAUCGCCUGGACCGGCCGCGGCAUGGAGUUCAAGCUGAUCGAGCCCGAGGAGGUAGCACGGCGCUGGGGCAUCCAGAAGAACCGGCCAGCCAUGAACUACGACAAGCUGAGCCGCUCCCUGCGCUACUACUACGAGAAGGGCAUCAUGCAGAAGGUGGCCGGUGAGCGGUACGUCUACAAGUUUGUGUGUGAUCCCGAUGCCCUCUUCUCCAUGGCGUACCCCGACAAUCAGCGUCCCUUCCUGAAAACGGAGCCUGACUGCCACGUGAGCGAGGAGGACACCCUGCCGCUGACGCACUUUGAGGACAGCCCGGCCUACCUGCUGGAGGUGGAGCACUGCGCCAGCCUGCCCUACGCGGAGGGCUUUGCCUACUGAUAGCUGGCUGGCAGAGCGACCAGCGCUACCAUGUCCGCUGUGGGCCAAUAAGGGCAAGGGUUUUGUAAGGAGUAUUUUUUGCCAUUUCUUUUAGAAACGAAACACACAAAAAAAAAAAGAAAAAAAAAUAUGAAAUGCGUGCGCGCACACACAAACUGGCCUUUACCUUUAAGCGCAA